AUGUUAUGGCUAAAAGAGCUUCCUUUUUUUGCAUGGGAUCUGAAUUUCCCUGAAGACAAACACUCCAAAUUUCAUUCGCACUAUUCCUCAAACGCUGAAGAUGGAAUACAAAGCUUCUUUGCCGUUCGCUUGGCAACUUCAAAUGCUAAGGAGAUGGCCGCCUACUUGUGCCAUAUAUUCGGUUUCACUGAAAUUGCUACGCGAGACUUAGAAAAUGGUAACAUUUGUGUUUGUUCGCAUGUGUUGCGAAAAGAUGACGUUGUUUUCGAAGUAGUUGGAACUUUGGAAACAAGAUCCGAUACGUCAUACACAAAAGCAAAGGACAAGUUUCAGAUAAGCCAUCCCCCCGAAGGUAAUUUCAUAGACCUUGAAACGAAGAUUCUAAACUUUUUGGGAGGAUCUGAGGAUCUCAGACAGAAUGUGCAUGAGGCGCUCCAGUACAAUGGAAUUCGGAAGUUAAUCGAUGAACUUGGCAAGCUCAAUCAACCCGUGGUUCUUUCGGCUAUUGAAGAGGCUAGUAUGGCUUCGAAAAUCAACGAAUUUGUUUCACUCCACGGAAUAGGCGUCAUCGAUGUCGCUUUUGAGGUGAAGAAUGUGAGAAAUCUAUACUCGAAAGCAAUUUCGGCAGGCGCCACGAUCAUAAAUCCUCCAAAGCUAUCUCGAGACCUCAAUGGAGGUGUCCUCAUAGCCACAGUUGGUAGUCCCAUAUCAGAUAUCCACCACACACUUGUUGAGUUUUUAGACUACAAUGGUCCCUACCUUCCUAGCUACGCUCCAGCAAAAUCUCAUACCGUUGAAGACAGAGAAUUUGUUUUGCAGGGUAUUGAUCAUUGUGUCCAAAACUACCAUUUUGGUGAACUUAUACCAAGCACUAAUUUCUACAUGUCAGCCUUUGGCCUCCACAAGUUCUGGUCAGUCGAUGACAAAGAUAUCAGCACCAGCAAUUCGGGACUCAGAUCGAUCGUCAUAUCGAACUUAAAUGAAAAAGUCCUUCUUCCUUUCAACGAACCAGUGGAGUCUAAAAUGCGAGGUCAGAUAGAGGAAUUUUAUGAUUAUUACGGAGGACCAGGUAUCCAACAUAUUGCUUUGAGGACAAACAACAUCAUUGCAAUGGUAAGAUCUCUCAAAAGCCAAGGCUUGGAAUUCAAUACAAUUUCAGAUGAAUAUUAUGAAGCUUUGAAGCAAAAACUAACACUCUUAAAAAUCGAGCUAUACGAAGAUUUCGAAGAGUUGAAGAGUCAUCAUAUUCUUGCAGAUGUCGAUCAAUCGUCUUUGUACCACCUGCAAGAUGGAAAAUUGAGAUCCAAUUAUAUUUUGCAAAUUUUCAGCAAACCCAUUCAUGAUCGGCCAACUUUGUUCUUCGAAAUUAUCCAGAGGUAUAAUCACAACGGAUUCGGAAAAGGAACUUUCAAAGGAUUAUACGAAUCGAUUGAAGAGCAACAAAAAUUAAGAGGCACACUUACACCAACGGAGCUAGGAAGGUCUCACCAAAUUCCCCAGGAAUUCCGAGAGCUUGAAUCAAUUUAA